AUGCCGGUGGGCGCUAUCGAGGAUGAGCAGAAUGUUCCGCCAGAGGAGGAGGAGGAGGAGAUGAAGGGCGUGGAGGAGACAAAGGGCGAGGAAGUAGUGGGAGGGGAGAAGGAGAUGAAAGAGGAGAAAGGGGGGAACGAGGACGAGAAAGAAGAGCAGCAAAUCGAUAACUGCCGCAACAAGGACAAUGAGGACGAAGAUGUGAGCAAGAAAACAGAGGAGAUGGUGGCAGUGCUUUAA